ACUGCAGAAUUCCUAUAAGAAGUCUGCAUGACCGUGACUUUGAUACAAAUCUGCAAAUUGUUUAUAUAAAUCGCGCGAAGAAGUUUAGUGUGUUUUGGAGACAUGAAAUUUUACCAAUUGGUUUUGUUUUUUCCGCUCGCUUUUGUUUUACAACUGACGUCUGCUUUGUUUGAAAGUAACCCAUUCCUAAAUCCCCAAAAUGUAAACCAACAAAACAAUCCAUUAAAAACUGAUAAAACCAAACAAAACCUUAACCAAUGGAAUCUUGCAGUUAUAAUCAAUCAGGACGCUCAAUUUCCUUUACAAGGAAACCCUCCAGGACCGGCUGCUCCAGGAUACGUUUGGUUACAGGUUCCCAUUUCGCCAAGUAAUCCGCCCUAUGUGCCGCCUGUUACUCCAACUAAGCCUCCUAGAGAACCUAGUGAUGAUAAAUUAUCCUAUCAAACUACGGAAGGAUGGGUCACCAUUGAGCCUCCAGAAAUUCUUUAUGGAAGCGACUUAAACGCAAAAUGCCUUAAACCAAACGGCCAGUUUCCUAGCAGAACCUGUGACAAAUUCGUGAACUGUUGGGCUGGAGUUGCCACCGAACAAUCAUGUUUGGACGGUUUGGUGUUCAACCCAAAAGGAUAUUGCGAUUAUGCCCAAAACGUUGAUUGCAAUGGUAAACCAACCGAAGGUCCUCCAGUGAGUGGAACACCAAUUGAUUCAACUGAAUCCACGCCAAAUUUUGGAUCAACGCCUUCUCAGACUCCUGCUUAUGGAUCAUCAGUAUCACCAACUGUUUCUGCAACUGUAUCUUCUGAUCCAAAAUUGAACAAAAAAUGUCUUAAACCCAGAGGCCAAUUCCCAGGUAUCACAUGCAAUAAAUUCGUAAAUUGUUGGGAUGGAAUAGCAACCGAACAAGAAUGUCCUGAAGGAUUACUAUUUUCCACCAAAGGAUAUUGCGAUUAUUCAGCAAAUGUGGAUUGCUCCAAUCGCACUCCACCAAGUGAAGAAAAAAUAAUUACUAAAAAAGUGAAUAAACAAAACACCAUUGAAACAAGCAUAAUAGAAAACGAUUGUCCUUUGGAUUUCGGCACUUUCAGAAAGAAAAACAACUGCAGCUCUUAUCACACCUGCAUUGGUGGUAAAGUGGUUGCCAGAUACGACUGCCCUGAAGGAUUUUCUUUCAAUGACAAUAUUGGAGUUUGUGAUUACUCGUACCGCGUAGACUGCACCAAAGACCCAAUAAUUAAUAGAAAAACAAAUAUACCACACCACACAAAUUUAAAUGGUCCCAGCAAAUGCCCGCAAGAGUUUGGAACUUUUAGGGACAGAAAUAAUUGUGGACUUUAUUUCACGUGUUUGGUGGGAAAAGUAGUUGCCACUUACGAAUGUCCAGCAGGGUUAAGCUUUAAUGACGUCAGUCUUAGUAUUAAGUACAUAGUUAAAAACGUAAUUUAAAAAACUCAUUGUAGGCCUUUGGAAUUUGUGAUGACCCCCAAAAAGUUGAUUGUACAAAAGAGCCAGUGGCUUUCCAGAAACAACAAAAUUUUGUUGCUCAAAUACCUCAAGAGUUUAAGGACAAAAUUGAAGGGUGCAAGACUGGAUUAGUGUUCCGUUUGAACGAAGAAUGCUCCCUUGCCUGUGUAUGCCGAGAAGGCAUGGCAGAAUUAAUUCAGUGUCCUAAGGAUCUUGCUUACGAUUCGGUAACGGAUAAAUGUCUACCUCCGCAUUUGGCUAAAUGCUAAACUACAAUACAAGACUGCAAAAUAAUUUAUUUGAUUGCUCAUGGUGGCAACGGGUUAGGUGGCGGGAAUUAUUUAUUUGUAUUUAUUUAUUUGUACUUUAAUAAAAUUAUUAAACCCAA